AGAUUUUUGCUCAUGGGUGUGUGAGAAUGGCAGGGAACUGACAGCAAUAUAAUAGCCAGGAUUUGCCUGCCCCAAUAGUCCCUGUAAACAAAACACUAAAAACUUAGGAUGGUUCAGUGAAGUUUUCAAUCAGUGAUGCCUCACUUUGGGCCUGUUCAUUCUUGGUCACCAAAAACGGUUUCUAAAUGGAUUUUAGGGUUGCACCCCUUGGCUAGACAGCAUGCUGGAAUACUCUCCCAACACCAUGUUACUGGGCAAGAUCUUCUCACUCUCACAUGGGCCGCUCUUGAUGGCAUGAAGAUCGCGGGUAUGUACGACCAAGAAGCUCUCCUCUCAGCAGUUUCAAUCCUACGUGAUGUUGACCGAUCAAACAAGAACUACCUUCUCUACCCGCUAGCAGACAGAACUCUCUCAAGCGCCUUGGAAGCGUUAGAUCACAUUUCUUACCUCAAAAUGGAAAAGAGAGAUCUGGAGAGAAAGCAGGAGCUGUACAUGAGCUGUAUAAACUGUGGCAAUCUGACUAGAACUAUUCUCCUUCAUAUGGACAAGUAUCACAUUGUGUACGGAGAGAAGAGUAAGAUGGCACACCAGCUCCUCUGUAGUCUGUACACAGUAACUCAAGCAGCUCAACAACUCAGACUGGGCCUCAAAGCUGCUGGAAUCAACAUGCCUGACAUCCCACAGGAAUUACCAUACAACGUGAAGGCCAACAAUUUCCCAGCCUGCCUACAAGCAUCAUUAGAGGCGCUGGUGGAGAACACUGGUUACAUGAGGGAGCAGUGUCAGCUGGUGAGAAGUAGAGGGUGUCCUUCUUUUGAGAGGAUUACUCUGCAGCCUGAUGGGGAUACUGGAUGGGGGUUUUCGUUUCGGGAGACUUCCACUGGAAUCUACAUCGUCAAAAGAAUCCUCGCAAAUACUCCAGCAGACAAAAGUGGUCGCAUAAAAAGUGGCGACGAAGUUAUAGAAGUGAACGAUCAAAACAUCGUCGGUUGGAAAAUAAAGAACGUGGUAGAACUGAUCAGAUCAUAUCCUGUUGGACUAGUUAUGGUGGUCAGACACUACCCCGACACAUCACCACCACCCUCCGCAAGCAUUACAACCCCUCGUCACCACUCCCUCCCCCAAACUUCCCUCACUCAAACUCCCCUCACUCCCCGGAACCUAUCCCGGCAUCAGCAUGUGUCAGGCACUAUGUCGGAGCCCCCAUGUCCCAAUGAUGCCUCUCUGAUGGAGCCCCAGUGCCCCAUUGAUACCCCCAAGAAACCCCCUCGCCCCCUGGACUCUGUGUUGAGGGAGCGGUGUAAGAGUAACAACGAGCUGGACAUGCACUUCAAGACGGUCCACAAUCCUAAGAGAUUAUCUCAGAUUUACGGGGAUAGCAACUUGUUUUUAAGUUUUGAGGAUAUGACAGAGGAAGGAAUAAUAGCCACAGAGUUCCACUCUGCACCACCUCACCGAGGGAAACGCUCCAACCCUAGAUCUCCAGCAUAUCACAGACGCAAUAACUCUAACCCCCUGGACAAAUACAACAUUGUUUCUAAUAGGGACUGGUUAGACCACGUGAAGCAGAGAGGAGAGCGAAGUAAGAACCUGAGUCAGUACAGGUACGGCACCGGACCUCGCGUUAGAACAACCAAGCCUCUUGACUUCCUCAACAUGAGUAUGCCAGAUAUCGCAGUUUCAACUGAAAAUGUCCAGAAAGUGGACAAGUCAACGGAGUAUGACGAGCACAUGGACGCUACUAUGACGUCACCACGUAACCACGUGACGUUACCUAGCAACCACGUGACACCACCACGUAGCCGCAGCAUGAACUCACCACGCACAUUAUCCUUGUACCGAGAAGAAGAUAGCAACAAGUUAUCUGAUGAGGAUAACAACAAGAGUGAUGAUAACGACAGUAUCGCCACCACUCCCUCCACCAUUUCUAACUGCACCAGUGCCAGUAUCAUGACAACAGACUCUACAUACUCCGGGACGAGUAAGACUCUCCCCCGUCCCAGAAAGAGUAAGAUGGUCCUAGACGAAGAUGUUGGUGAAUUCAAGAAUUACCCGGUCUCUAAAGAGCAAAACUAUACUACCGUCGUUAUUGGAGGAGUAGUGCACAAGAUCCCAGUAGCAACAGCUGCCGCUCCCAGCUCAGAAGAGGAUAAUGUUAAAUGUAACACCUUGAAGAGUAGGAAGAGGCAGAACAAGAGAUCCUCCUGGUCCAUCAGCAGUGACAAAGCCGCUACGCUGCCCAAGAAUAUCCGAUUCUCGCUCGCAGAUCUUGACGAAAAUGGAACCUUGAAAAAGAAGAAGAACAAGAAACCUUCUCGUUCUACCUCGUCUAUUCUAGGUGACACCAACGUAUCCUGCAAGUCUCUCUACCCUAACGCCUGCGAGGGAUGGUUACUGAAACUAGGUGGAAGUGGCCUGACUCCCAGGAACUGGAGGAGGAGGUGGUUCGUCCUGAAGGGGUUCUGUCUCUACUACUUCAAGACACCUCAAGACAGCACUGCUCUAGGCGUCAUCACUCUUCCCAGCUUCAACAUUGCAACUGCUGCUGAAAUCAAGAAGAAAAACGCGUUCAAAGCUUCCCACAAGAACACGAGAACGUACUUCUUCAUAGCGGACAGUGAGGAUGAUAAACAGAGGUGGAUGGACAAGAUGUUGCUAGCGAGUAUCCUGUACGAUGAGAGUGAUAAAGAGAGCGGCUACGGUACCGCUGGAACUGGAGCCAGCCCUGUCGCUACUGAACUUUGUUCAAUGACGAUUGAGCAAAGCAUAAUUUCGCCGUGCGCUUCUCUACAGUCAAUCAGUUCGACAACUGUGGUGUGACCUCACGUCAGGACAUGUGACGUCACGUCAUUUCUCACGCGCUAGAACGUUGCCGCGCAACAGCCAACGCUUCAUUGUAAGAUCACGCCAACUACAUCAACUCGAGACUACUGAAGACUGAGAUUAUAUUAAUCCGUCUGUAAAGUAAGAUAAGAUCAUGUUUGCGAGGCAGCUUGAUUGAAAUAACGACGCAGAUUUAUUGUUCUGUCUUGGAACAUUCGCAAUUAUUGUAAACAAUUAUAUCAAGUUACUGUUAAAUGGUAUUGAAAAUGAAAAACAUUUCAUUACCGUAUUUGAAAUAUGCUGCUAAUCUUAUUCACAAAGAACCAGUCUUAUAAGACUGUUAGAAUGCAGCUACCCGGUUUUAUGAACAUAGAUUAAAUUGAGUGAGUAGAAUAAAUAAGUUUUAAGAUCUUAUCAAUGAGGUUCCCAUGAUAUUUUGAAACAUACAUGUUUUAGAACAUCGAGAGUAAGGCGUAUUUUUAUUUGACAUUGCCAUUUCUAUCGUAAAUUUUGUAACUAGUAAUAGUAUAGUUUUUUGCUUGAGUGUUUGGAAAGUCAAGUUAAGUUUAUUCUAGAGUGACUUUUUCACAAGCACUUUUCAUUGUUUGAACUCGUUGAAGGAAAUAUAAUAUUACUAUUGCUUAAGCAUAGCACCAACUUCGCUACUUUUCGCGAAGACUUCCUUUAGUGUAAUAACUAAAGUUUGAAAUUGAGGGACCUACUGAUUUGAGAUCUCUAUUUUAUCGCGUUUCUGAGAUUUCCAUCUGGUCGUCUGCUGUUAGUGUUAAGAUCAUGUGCUGAGGCCGUGAGGGCACAUUGAUGUUAUUGUUUAUGUUAUUGUUGUUUAAAUACAGUUUAAUGAUAUUGCCACCAAAU